AUGAAUUAUAUAUAUUUAAUUAGUGCUGCGCUUGGUCUUAUCGGCGGAGUAAGCGGAAUUGAUUGCGGUGUUAAGGAACUCAAAGAGUACGAUUUCGAAAGCAUCAAAGGCAUACAUUCGGUGACGACGUUGAAAGAUACACCACCCACGCAAACUAAUGUUACUUGGUAUAUUGGGAUAUGUGACACCAUAAGCGAAAAAAUAGACCAUUGCCCCAAGAAUUCAGACCUCUGUGGGAUAACACUGAUCAAUUUGGAAAAAAAUUCGAAUAAGGAUGCUGUUGUGUCGGAGAUUGUUGGAUUCAACACGAACUUGCAGAAGCAAUAUAAACCAUUUACCAAGGAUGGCGAUAACAACGAGGACGGUAUCACGAUUGUGUACAAAGGUGCGAACUGGGGGGACAAUUUGGUCGAUGCAGAGUUGAGAUUUGUAUGUGCCAGCUCGUCAGAUAAGGACAAAGACUUGGACAAGUUCCAGUUGCACCAAUGGGACGACAAGCGGUUGAAGGUUUCCGUCAAGACCAAGGCGGCAUGUAUAACCGAUAAGAAGGAUAAGAAGAAGCCAGACAACAAGAAGGACAACAAGAAAGGCAACGAUAAAGACGACAAUGGUGAGUCAUGGGGCUGGUUCACCUGGAUUUUUAUCUUUUUGGUGUUAUUUUUAAGUAUCUACAUCGUCGGUGGCGCGUGGUUUCAAUACAGUAAGGGCAAUGCGAUUGACUUUCAGAGUGCUUUAAGAGAAGUGUUAGAAAACUUUGUAAGUUUACUCAAGGGCUUGCCUAGUUUCGUUCGGGAGAUAAUUGAAAAAUUCACUGGUAAUAGUAAUAGAGGUGAAUAUAGCGCAGUUUAG